GUGAGCUAAACACUUUGAGAGUGUGAGGAUUUUUAUUUGCUAACUUUGUUAAGUGUUUCAAGAUGUUUGGACUUCUCAAGAAAUCAAAACCACUACAAGAUGAUGUCUACUUUCCUUUUAAAACUAUUGUUGAAAAGAAGCAAUUGAUUUUUGACAAGAGACAGUUUGCUUCUAAUGAAUUUGAUUUUGUGCAAAAACAAAGGAAGAGAGAAAACAGGUCCAAUGAUGAGAAGUGGGUCAGAAGUGGUGAUCGUCUCUUCACCAAAACCAAGAGAAGCAACCGUGUAGUGCUUGAUCAAAACGAGCUUCAAACUUAUGCUAGUUUGGAGAAGAUGUUGCAUAAGGCAAUUCAUGCUAUCCGACAGCUCAAAAGGAAGGGAAACACCAACACUUCUUCGGCACCAAAACAACAAUGUAAGUCUUCUUAUCUUUCAAAUUCUGAUUUGAAAACUAAUGAGAUUUCUUUUGAUAAAAGCAAAGCUGUGAAACCCACAAGCAAAGCUCAUUCCACCAGGUGCUUCAAAUGCCAUAGGAUCGGUCAUUAUGCUAACAAGUGUCAAAAGCAAAAACCGUUGGUGACUUUGGAGAAUGAGAACCUUGAAACCGAGCCAGAAAAGGAAGAGCCUUUGCCAAUUCAAAUACCGGACCAAACUCAAGAUUUGAGGACAAAUCUUUUUGAAGAGGAAGGGAAUGAUGUGCCCUGGUUCGUGGAUCAGUCCAUUGGAGCCAACCAGCAUGGAGAUCAGGACGUUCUGAACAAUUUGACCGAGGUUCGUUCAUCCGACCGUACCGAUCAGACUGACCAAGCCGUUCCGCGUGCGUCCCGAUUGGAGCUUCGGCUGGAACCACGUCCAGACGACCUAACCGACCGAACCACAGCCCGUCUUCCCCAACCAACUCGACAUUCUAAAACCCACGGUCGAGCCAGACUUAGCUUGGGUCGUGAAGAAACCAAAGACGGACAUGCAUUCUUAUCUGGCGGACCAUCCGGACAGUCCCGCAAGCGUCCUUAUCUUUACCCCGUGCAUCCAUCUGGUUCGGAUGAACCUGGACAUCUUGACUAGUCUUCUCCAUUUUCCGUGCCUUGACCAGAUCUAGUCUUCUCCAUUUUCCGUGCCUUGACUAGAUCUAGUCAAAUUUAUAUUUUCUAUGCAUUGUUUUCCUACAUUUCUAUUUAUUAUCUUUGACUACAAAACACUAUAAAUAUGUAGUCCCUUUGAUGAAUAAAAGCAGUUCAUUUUAGUUGUUUAUUUUCGAUUCUUCUUUUCUCUGAGUGAGAGAGAGAGUUCUUAGCUAGUUCAUCGGUUUGAACCGGCUUGUUGAUUUGGUGGUCAGCCAAUCAUCUUUUGUGUCGUUUGGUGGUUAGCCAACACACCUUCAUCGUUUCUUAGGUGGUUAGCCUUAGAUCGUGGUAUAUCAAGAGUCAUUCCGCAUCUCUUGACGAUCCAUUCAUUCCAUUCCAGUUCCAGAAGUGCCAUCGCCUUCUCGGUUCAUAUCAAACACCCGGCCAAAGCCAUCCUUCCCGUUUUGGGCGUAUCACCACCCGUUUAGCCGGUACGUCUGAUCGGCUCGGCAGAGGAGACAACGGCCUUGCCGUUUGGUUUCUUCUUCUUAGGAUCGCCGGAGACAUCUGUAGCAAUAGUGACACCUGUUUGGCCGUCUCGUUUGACCGGCUCGGUGGAGGAGACAACGUCCUUUACGUUUGGUUUCUUCACGAUGAGAUCGGCGGAUACAGGGGAUUUGGUGCUGGAAUCCAUCGCUUUGGUCGGUCCGGCGGAGGAGACGACGUCUUUUCUGUUUGGUUUCUUCGAGAUAAGAUCGCCGGAAAUAGGGGAUUUUUUGUUGGAAUUCAUCGACUGAGAGAAUAUUUUUGUAUUUAAUAAAUCUGAGAGAAUAAGAGAGUUAUAAAGAAACUUUGAGGGGUGAAGGCGAAAGGAAGCAACAAAUGAGAUUUUCGGAGGAUUCAUUGAACAGAGAUGGAGUAGUGUGUCGAUUGAUCGCCGUUCCGUUGAAGAAGUGGAAAAGACGAAGCUAGGAGAUAGAAGAGGAAACUACGGAUCGAAGAGAUCGACGAUCCGCUCAAAAGUGGAGAUGUCGAAGGAAAUCAUCGACACAGCCUGACGUGCUAGGGUUUCUCUUGGACUGGGCUUUUGGACCAAUAAUAAUUCACUUCACGUAUCAAAAAAAUAAAACAGCCCAACACCACCCAAAUCCGGUGUGACGUGGCAAAAAGAACCCACCACAUUGGAUGAUUUUAAUUGCCGACGUGGAGGGUCUAUCUGUUGCUUGUAUCGAGCUUUUACUUAUUGUUUGAUGUCACAAUUCAUUUGCAGAGAAGUCCUUCGUGGCUUAACAAACCUAGCAUAUUGCCACAGGGUCAGAUAGAAACCAUCCUUUGUGAUUAGAAACAGCUUAUGGAAUACUCCAUCUUUACUGUAUCUCAAGGGCAGCUAAAAAUUCCAUUUGCCCAACUUUUUACGGAUAAUUAAAACUUAUUUGAUGUUUGCUGACAAAUCUUCUUCCUGUUUUUGCUUUAUUUAGGUGGGAGUUAACUAAUG